UUUCCAGAGUGGAUGUAAAUAUGUGGUCAAUAGUGUUAUUUGAAACUGAAAAUACUAUUGAAGUCGUUCCAGCACACUGGGUUAAAAGUACUUGUGCCUGGCCCAAAAAAGAUGUAAAAAAAAAUAUUGAACGUAGAGUAUUAGCCAACAAAUUUGAUUUUAAUUAUUUUGCCUCAAGAACAUUAAAGAAAAAUAUUGCUACUCUAACAGAAGCUAGAGCGAAGUUGAAGAAGGCUGAAAAUACUUCAGAUUUAUCUACUUGUGAUGAUGAGAUUUCAAAAUCUCGUGCAAAAAAAUCAAAAGUAUUAGAUCCUCCAAUUUUUUCCUUUAACAAAAAUAUUACACCCAAAUCUAAUGGUGCAAUGAAUGAUACUCAUGAAACUAAAUCAAAUAGUUACAGUUUAAGUUGUGUAACAUUUAAAGAAAAGAAAAACUCAAAUAGUAUUGAUCAUUUAUCUUCUAGUCAUUUAGAUGUUGAAAGCAAGCAAGGUCAUAACAUUAAAUACCAAUCAAAUAAUCAAAAUGCAAGUUACAGUUUACCUUUAAAAGCAAAAAGAAAGCUUUUUGAUAGAAACUCAUUUAGUCCUAUUGCAGGUUCUAUAAUCACACCUGAAAAACAUGAUUUGUUUAACUUAUCUCAGAGUGAAUCUGAAACAUCUAGUCCAAAAAUUGUGGAGCAUAAAAGAGCCUCAAGCACCGAAAUUAUCUACACAUCGUCAUCUCCUUUUAAAGUCUCUGAAGCUAUACAAGAUACAAGUGAUUACCCAAAUUGUGAAUUGGCUUUAGAUAUCAAUUUACAGUCAUCUUUUAAAAAGGUGCCUAGUGUUAUUCAAAACAAACACAAAUUAAGAAAUAACUGCUUAUCACAAACUUCUGAAUCAAAUGAUAAUAUCAAUAAUAAUAUAAUGGUUUAUACUCCAAACAUAAUGAAUAAAAUUUUAAGAGUUGUCUUAAAAAUCAAGUAUGAUGUAGAAACAAUUGCUCAAAAUCAAAUUCAGAUGGACAAAACUUUAACUGACACUGUGCUUCAAGCCAAGGAUACUGAAAAUAUUUCUGAAGAACUAUUAGAAUAUGAUUCAUUACUACCAAUUGAAAGUGAAGAACAUUUAGAUGAAUUUGAGUCAAAGUUAUUAAAUAAAUAUUUUAGAAAGAACAUUGUAAAAGCUGUAAGAAAAGUUAAGGCAUUCGAAAAUGCAACAAAUGCUGAAAUUGAAGCACCAAUGAAAGUUUACUUGGCCGGAGCAGCAUUUAGAAAAAAAAAACUAUUAUAG